CGUCCCAAUACCUCGUCCAAAGUCACAAACAGCGACUCACCUACGGCCACCCCCGUACUCACCAUCACUCUCGCAGGCAGAAUGGAGGACCCCGCCUCCAACCCGUUCGCGACAGAGCCAAACUCGUCCUCGGCCCCGUCCUCGCCGCUACAGCUGUCGCGCACCAACUCCCACGCGUCAUCAACCAGCCCAGGCAAUGCAACAGCGAACCCGCGCACACAGUCGAGCCUGAGCGUCGGGUCUGUCGCGUCAAGCUCUCCGCCGCCGACGCAGCGUGCAUCGUUCCCCGACCCUGCAAAGGAGCCCAAGCGCGGGAGCAGCCGCCUGUCCGGACCCAAGCCGAAGGAGGACUUUUGCUGCGAUCGCGACAGGCAGAUCAGCGGCGGUGACGAGAUUAGCAUUGUCGACGCGUUCAAGACGACCGAGGGUGGAAAGACGAGCUACAUUACCUAUGUUAUCCGCCUAGGCUCGAGCACCGUGAGGAGGAGGUACUCCCAGUUCCUCAGUCUCCACCAGGCCCUUCAAGGCCUCUACCCCGUCCUCAUUAUCCCGCCUAUCCCGUCCAAGCAGAGCAUCACCGACUAUGCGGUCAAGGGCCAGUCCAAGACCAAGGAGGACGCGACGACCAUCUCAAAGCGCAAGCGCCUGCUCGAGGACUUCCUCCGCCGCCUUGCCCGCCACCCCAUUCUUGGCGGAGACCACGUCUUUCACCGCUUUCUGGAUGACUCGGCGAGCUGGUCCGAGGUUCUCCACUCGCCUCCUGUGUCUCUCCUUCCCAAGAACCCCCUCCACGCGCCGUCGCACAACCCGACGUUCACUCCUGGGCCAGAAGAGGACUCGGCGUCGACGUCUACGGCCUACAUUGCACACCACCUACUCCCGACACCCUCCCCCAACCACCCACUUCAGCGCCCUGACCAGCGCUUCCUCGAGUCGGAGAUCUUCACCGACAAGUUCCAGCAGCACUUUGGCGGCACGAUGGAGAAGGUCAACCGACGCGUUGUGAAGCGCUGGGGCGAACAUGCGAGCGACAUGGCCGAACUCGGUGCUCAGUGGAACGAGUUCAGCUUGGCCCAGACGGGCCCUCUGGGCGACGCCAUUGAGAAGGUCGGCCAGGCCGUGGACAAGGACUACGAGGGGACAACGGAUUUGAUCAACUCGUGGGAGACGCACGCCACGGAGCCGCUUCACACAUAUGCCCAGUUUGGCCAGCUGAUUCGCCAGCGCCUGUCGUUCCGCCACCAGAAGCAUGUCCAGUAUGAGCUGGUGCAGGAGGCUCUGGAGAACCAGAGGGACAAGCUGGAGCUCCUAGAGGCCGCUGAGCGCGAGUCACGUCGUCUGGAGGAGGCACUGGACCGCGGCUCGCGGAUCAUCGACCCCAACUCUGCUCCCACGACACCGACCAAAAACCCAGACCAGGCAGCGGAGGAGACCUCGCCUCGACCAACACCCCGCCGUGCGGCACAGUCGUUUGGCCUGCUCUCAGCCGUCAAGCACAGCCUCAGUGGCAUGAUGGACGUCGACCCUGAGGCGACAAGACGAGCUAGCAUCGGAAGGACAAGGGACAACAUUUCUCAGCUUGAGGACUCGCUGCAGGCCUCGGCUCAGGACCUGAAAUACGCCUCGACCACGCUGCAGGCCGAUCUCGACAGGUUCCAGAGGCAAAAGGUUGCCGACCUUCGCCAGCUCGGCAUUCAGCUCGCCACGAUCCACCGAGAAUGGUGUAGGCAGAACCUCGAGGCAUGGAAGGCGGCGCAGGAGGCUAUUCGAGCGAUUCCCGACCACCCGAACUACGCCCCGCCGGCGCCAACGGCACAGGCUUCAGGAUCUGGCUCUGCGUCAGGUUCCAAGAUUGACUUGGCGUCGCUCGACCGUGAUCUCCCGCCUGUCCCCAAACCCGAGUCGCCAUCAUCGCCAUUCUCCAGUGUGCCAGUGCAGCCUCUGAACCUGGGAUCGCCGACCAAGCCGCGGUCGUCCAGCAUUGAUGCGAAGCCAACUUCUCCCAUCAAGGUGGCAUCAUCCGUCAACCCCACGUCGCCCAUCAAAGCGGCGUCGCCAACCAACCCCCUUUCGCCCUCGGCAACAACCACACUGCCGAGUGCUACUGUCCCUCCCAGCAUCUCCACUGAAGCAAAGGAUGCGUCAAAGGACGAAGGGGCAGGGCCACUGGGGCCAUUGUAGAACCUCCAUACCAAGUGAAUUAUUUUUCAGUGCAUUUUAUGACAUUUAUCCUAAACAGUGGC